AUUGGCUGUUUUUUUUUUUUUUUUCCCAAAUCCUGCCGAAAUGGCGUCGUUGUAAUAACGGCUGCCGAGUGGACCCGACAGCAUUCCGACCGGCGAGGAGGGGGAACCAACUUUUGGAGUGGGACUUCACUUUGGUCCACGCAGACGAUGACGAGCAACAAUGACGAGCAGGAAACCGGAGUACCCGGAGAAAACCCACGCAGGCACUGGGAGAACAUGCAAGCUCCACAGAGGCGGGGCCGGGAUCGAACCCGGGUCCUCGGAACUGUGAGGCCAACAACGCUUUACCAGGCCAGUCGUGCCCCGAUGGCGGCGAGCCGGCCCCCUGUUAUAGUUAUUAGCCAGGUGUUUUAUUAUCAGAUGGCACCCAUCUUUGUCACUCCCCCUCCUGCAUCCCCAGCACCGCCGCCCAAAACCAAGAACCCCUUCAAGACUCGAUCCACCGAGGAGCCUUACAUCAAGAAGCCUUUAAACGCCUUCAUGAUCUUCAUGAAGGAGCAGCGGCCCUUCGUCAAGGCCAAAAUGCUGAAUAAAGACAGCGCAACGGUGAACAAGGUCAUUGGGGAGCUGUGGCAGUCGCUGACGCAGGAAGAGCAGCUUAAAUACUACCAGGAAUCGGACCGGCUCAGACGGAUCCACGACAGAAUGUACCCCAACUGGACCUGCAGAAGCAACUACGGCAGAAAGAAGAAAAGAAUUUGGGGCAAAGCAGCCACCGGGUCUAAUGAUCAGACGACGUCUGCACCUGAGCCGCCCACGCACACAGACAUCCUACACGAGGGGCACGACACGGGCCUGACCUCUCCGUCGAGCGAGCUGGAGGCCUCGUCGUCGUCGUCGUCGUCCUACGCGGCGGAGUCGCACAGAAAGGACACGGCGAGCGCAACUGCCACUUGCCGCCACGUUCGUAUCUGGUGUUUCCGCCAACUACCGAGUUCCGCGUUUGACAAAACUGGUCUGACCACUUCCUCCCGUUUCAGUUCCGCGGCUGUCGAGGGUUCGACCGGCCGGCAUUUUCCAGAAGCUUCCGUCAAGAUCCGGGGGCACCCGCACCCAGCCAGGAGGCGAGCGAGCAUUGGGAGCAUUGGGAGCAUGGCCACCGACCAGGAGCCAACGUUCGCAGUCAAGCUGGCCCAGCUGGUUCUGCUCUCGACCUACUGGGGAAUGCAGAUUUGGGUCACCUUCAUUUCAAACUUCGUGAUGGACAACCACCUGAACAGACACACGUACGGCUUCAUCCAGAGCCGCCUGGUCCCCUUCUACCUUCACCUGGGCUCGGCCUGCGCCUUCUUCAACCUCACGAUCUUCGCCGUGUACCAUCCCAGCGACAUGCUGGACGAGCGCGAGGGCUUCCAAAUCUUCACCUUCUUCGUGUCGGUGACGAUGGCGGCGGUCAACGCCCAGUGGUUCGGCCAGAUGACGUCGGAGCUCAUGGCCGACAUGCACCUGGUGGAGCAGGCGUGCGGUCUGGGCCAGGACAUCGGCCUGUCGUCCAACCGCGAGGCCUACGCCAAGCUGCGCGAGACGGACGCCAAGUACCGCCACCUGAGCGGCCGCCUGCGGCUCUACCGGCUGCUGUCGUCGCUCUGCAACGUUUGCUGCGUGGCCUGCAACUUUUAUAGCCUCAGCUACAUGGCCGAAAACCUCCGCACGCUGUGAUGCGGCCCCCGACGCCGCUUUUUCGCCCCUUAAGUAAGCUGAAAACAAGUUCAACUCGACAUGUAGAAGGGAUUUCAUAAAUUAGGUGGACACGAUAUAUUAUGUACAGUCAUCUGACUUUGGAAAUUAAAUAUUUACUUGGUGUCGUUUGUA